UCUGCGGAAUCACCAUGGCGACUGGGACCCUGUACACAUAUCCAGAAAACUGGCGGGCCUGCAAGGCCCUCAUCGCUGCUCAGUACAGUGGGGCUCAGAUCCGAGUGCUCUCCAUGCCACCCCACUUCCACUUUGGCCAAACCAACCGCACCCCCGCAUUUCUCCGCAAAUUCCCUGCUGGCAAGGUCCCAGCGUUUGAAGGUGAGGAUGGAUUCUGUGUGUUUGAAAGCAAUGAUGUGAGCAAUGAGGAGCUAUGGGGAAGAACCCCCGAGGCAGCAGCCCAGGUGGUGCAGUGGGUGAGCUUCGCAGACAGCAACAUAGUCCCCCCAGCCAGUACCUGGGUGUUCCCCACGUUGGCCGUCAUGCAUCACAACAAGCAGGCCACCGCGAACGCCAAGGAGGAGGUACGGCCAAUUCUGGGCCUGCUGGAUGCUCACUUGAAAACCAGGACUUUCCUGGUGGGUGACCGAGUGACCCUGGCUGACAUCGCAGUCGUCUGCACCCUCUUGUGGCUCUAACAGGCCCUUGAGCCUUCUUUCCGCCAGGCCUUCCCCAAUACCAACCGCUGGCUCCUCACCUGCAUUCACCAGCCCCAGUUCCGGGCCGUCUUGGGGAAGGUGAAGCUCUGGGAGAAGUUGGCACAGGUUGACGCUAAAAAGUUUGCUGAGAUCCAGCCUAAGAAUGACGCCCCGUGGAAGGAGAAGGCGCCCCGGGAGGAUAAGCAGAAGGCCCAGGUGGAGUGGAAAGAAGAGAAGAAGGCCACGGCUCCUGCCCCUGAGGAGGAGAUGGAGGAAUGCAAACAGGUGCUGGCCGCUGAGCCCAAGGCCAAGGGCCCCUUUGCUCACCUGCCCAAGAGUCCCUUCAUGCUGGACGAGGUGAAGCACAAGUACUCCAACGAGGACAACCUCUCGGUGGCGCUGUCGCAUUUCUGGUCCCUGUGGUAUGCCGAGUACCACUUCCCCGAGGAGCUGAGCCAGACACUCGUGAGCUGCAACCUCAUCACUGGAAUGUUCCAUGGAUUGGACAAGCUGCGGAAGAAUGCCUUCGCCAACGUUAUCCUCUUCGGAACCAACAAGAGCAGCUCCAUUUCGGGGGUUUGGGUCUUCAGAGCCCAAGAGCUUAUCUUUCCACUGAGUCCAGAUUGGCAGGUGGACUAUGAGUCGUGCACAUGGCGGAAACUGGAUCCCGGCAGUGAGGAGACACAGACGCUGGUCCAAGAGUACUUCUCCUGGGAGGGGGCCUUCCAGCACGUGGGCAAAGCCCUCAGCCAGGGCAAGAUCUUCAAGUGA